AUGGCCAGCGCCAGCGCCCCGUCUGCGGCCGCCAGCGCCUCGAUCCGCGCCCUCGGCGCCGCGCUGCGCCGCGCCAAGCGGGUCGUGGUGCUGUGUGGCGCCGGCACGUCGACCGCCGCCGGCAUCCCCGACUUUCGCUCGCCGGGCACGGGCCUGUACGACAACCUGGUGCAGUACAAUCUGCCUCAGCCCGAGGCCAUCUUCGACCUCGACUAUCUGCGCCAGAGGCCCGAGGCCUUCUUCACCCUCUCGCGGCACCUCUACCCAGGCAAGUACGCGCCCACGCGCACGCACCACUUCCUCGCACAGCUGCAGGCGCGCGAGCGCAACUGCCUCUCGGUCUGGACGCAGAACGUCGACACGCUCGAGCGCCUCGCCGGCGUAGAGGCCGACUCGCUCAUCGAGGCGCACGGCUCGUUUGCCGGCAAUGCCUGCAUCGACUGCCACGCCGAGCAGCCCGAGCCAUGGAUGAAGGAGCACUGCCUCGCCGGCACCGUGGCGCGCUGCCCUCGCAAGAAGUGCAGGCGCGGCAUCGUCAAGCCGAAUAUCGUCUUCUUUGGCGAGGCGCUGCCCGAGUCGUUCUUCAAGCGUCUCUCCGACCUGCAGCGCGCGGACCUGCUGCUCGUGAUGGGCACGUCGCUGCAGGUGCAUCCGUUCGCCGGGCUGAUCGCGCGCGUGCCGCGCAGCUGCCGCCGCUUCUUGCUGAAUCUGGAGUGCGUCGGCGAAGGCGGCUACGGCGGGUUCGACUUUGCGGACGACCUGGACGAAGACGCGCGCGCCGCUAGCAGAGAUGUCUGGAUCGAGGGCAAGACGGACGAGAUCUGCAUAGCGGUCGCGCAGGAGCUCGGCUGGCAGGUGAGUGGCAGUGGGCGCGCAGCGAGGCGAGGGCUGACGUAG